UAUACCUCGCUCCCUCCCUCCUCACUCACUCCUGCCCUCGGCUCCUCCCUCCGCCAGCCCUGCGUUGUUUGUAGGUCACACCCUGCCUCCUUCUCAGACUCGGACAGAGAGCCGGCAGCCUCUCCGCUCCGCUCCGCCAGGUGAUGUUCACUUCCAAGUCCUCUCCCAUCUUGCCUUCCUACUUCAGCGAGUCUUCCGAGGCAGACAAGCUGGACAUCAGCACCAAGGUGCAGCUGCACGGCGUCCUGUGGAAGCGACCGUUCGGGAGGCCGUCGGCCAAAUGGUCCAAAAGGUUCUUUCUCAUCAAGGACAGCUUUUUACUUUAUUAUGCUGAAAAUGAAAGGAAGAACUUUGAGAGUAACAAAUAUUUCAACAUUCACCCCAAGGGAGUGAUUCCGCUGGGCGGAUGUAUUGUGGAGGCAAAGGAGGAGGCCAACAUGCCCUUUGUGAUGAAAAUUUCACACGAUGACUUCCAUGGGAAUAUUUUACUUGCUGCUGAGACGGAGUUUGACCAACAACACUGGCUGCAGAUGCUGCAGGAAUCUGGAAAGGUGACAUGGCAGAAUGCUCAGCUUGGAGAGGCGAUGAUCGGAAGCCUAGAGGCCCAAGGGUUGCAACUGGCCAAGGAGAAGCAGGAGUACCUGGACAAACUAAUGGAAGAGACUGAAGAACUGUGCCUGCAGCGGGAACAGAAAGAGGAACUGCAGAGACUAAACCACAUCCUUGAGGCAGAAAAAAACAAGAUUGAGGAGAUGGUGCAGGAUCUGAGGUUGGAGCAGGAGCAGAUAAAGAGGGAGCUGGAGGUCACCGUGAGCUCAUUAACAACAAUCGAAGAAGAAAAGAAGCAAUUACACCAACUUUCAGAAUCACUGCAAAAUAAUUUAGAGAGCCUAUCUCAGGAGAAGCAGCGGACUCUGGAGAAGCUGCAGGACAGUGAGCACCAAACACAGCAGCUGGCCAGCCAGAACGAGCAGCUGUCCGAGUCCAGCGGGGCCAUCCGGGCUAUCCUGCAGCGCAUCGAGGAGGACAUGAAAAAGCUACAGGAGGAGAAAGUGCUUGCAGAGGAAAGACUGCGGGAGAAGGAGAAACGAGCACUGGCCCUGCAGGAAGAGAGGGAGUUCUACUCCACACAAUCCCGUGAGCUGCAGCUUUCCCUGUCUGAACUCACCGUCGAGAAGCAGCAAACCGAGAGUGAGCUGAGGGAGGAGAUGAAGUCGCGGGUGGAGCUGGAGCGGAGGCUGAGGGAGGCGGAGGAGGCGUUACAGCGACUGGAGCAGGGCCUGGAUUCGAACGAGCGCACCAUCGAGAAAAACGAGCUGAUGAAGGGAGACGUGGGCGAGCUGAGGAAGUUCUUCGAGGAGUGCAUCCGAAAGGCUGAGAUCGAAGCCAAGCUACCAAUCAUCAUGAAGAAUUCGGUCUAUGUGCAGCGGGCUGCAGCUCGGAGGAUAAAGAGCUGCAGGUUCCGGCGGAGGAAGUCCACCGCUGUCUGGAACUCUUUCGCUGCAUGGACCAUCAUUGCUCUGAGCAGGAAAUUUUUACAUGGCCUGAAAACAGCAUGGCGCUUUAAAUAUUUUUUGUAUUAUGCAUCCAUGGAUAUUCAGAAUGAAAAUUGAAAAAAUCACCAACUUUUGAUCACCACAUACUUUAGAUCAUCCAAAUGUUCCACUUCUAGUCUGUUUCUGGAUUUACAUUUGAUUUUUUUCAUAAGACUGAAUCCAUAUUCGCACUCGGCACUGGAAGCCUGAAAUGUUCUAAACAAGAAUUAACAGUUAUUUAAAUUCUUUGUUUCUAUGCACCUAGUUCACCAUAUCAGUGAGCGUCUUAAUUGAACCAGUCUUAACUUUCUCAGCAACAACACAUUUCAAAUCAGAGUAUUGCUUUGACAUUCUUGAGACAACAUUUUUGUCGUAGUUCCUAACAGUAGCUGAGUCGUACAACAUUCUCUUUUCCAAAUUGAAAAUUGGUUGUGUUUGCAAUAGCAACAGGCUCAAAAGUUGCCAUUCUCUAACUCAUCAUCAGGAAUUCUAUUAUUCAAGUGAUUACACACACAUUGAAUGAAUCGAAUAAUAGGUGCAGUAUCAAUGUCAGAACUUAAGCAAAUCUUUCACUUUGGCUCUCCAAUAAAUGUAUCACCAAGCCCUACCAACUGCCACUUGGUGUUUAUUGUUACAAUUUGUAACAGUGUUGUAACUUCAAACACUGACAAUGUAACCAUGUUGGAGCUCUAAAAUGUUUCAAAGUAAAGGUUAUAGUAUGUUCAUUAAAGAAAAUUUAUGGAUUACUGUAUAUUAAUUAAUUACUGGGUAAUUCACAAUUACAUUAACAGAUUUCAAAAUUAUGUUAGCAUAAUUGCAAAAUUACAUUAACACUAAAAAUUCCAGCUGUGUGGCAACAAAUGCUGAGAGCAUUUCGGUUCCUGCGCAGUCACACACCUGAAUGGCUCAGAAGGAACCGUGGUGGAGUAUGGAAUUAAGCAAGGAAGGCUUGUAUCUGGAGAUUAAAAGAGGGAGAGAGGACUCGAUUAAGACUUGUAAAAUCCUGAGUGUUUUGAUAGGGUGGAGAGGACAAGAAUCUGGUCACUGUAAAAAAAUAAGGGGUCAUUCAUUUAAUAAAGAAAUGAGGCAUUUUCCCCCUAUCUUUUGGAGUUAAUAGUCUUUGAACUCACUUCUUCAAUUUACAUGGAAGCGAAGGUUUGAAAUAAAUAAUUGUAUCACAGAGGUAUUAUCAAUGAGGUGAAAGGUAAUGACGGCUGGCAUGUAUCUAGGGAUAAUGUGACUAUUAUUAAAUAAUUAAGCAAGAUUCAAGAUUGUUUAAUGUAAUUUCCUGUACACAAGGGUAAAGGACAAUGAAAUAAUUGUUACUCCAGAUCCAAUGCAACAUAAAAAAAUACAAAAGAUAAAUGCAAUAAUAAUAAAAGCACAAUAAAUAUAUCAAUUGUAUCUCUAUAAAGUGACACUAGGUACAGGAAAUGAUACAAUAGUGGUGGUUGGGGGUGUGAAGGGGUGGGUUAGAGGGGGAUUGAUCAGCCCUACUGCUUGGGGAAAGUAACUGUUUUUGAGUCACCUCAUCCUGGUGUGGAUGCUACAUAGCAUCCUUCCUGAUGGGAGUGGGACUAACAGUCCAUAAGCAAGGUGGGUGGGGUCCUUCAUGAUAUUACUGACCCUUUCAGUCUUGGAGGGGGGCAAGUAGCCUUCUUCUGUUCUCACUUCCUGUGUGUACAUGUCGAUGUUUUGGCAUAACUGCAAACCCCCUGUAGCUUUUUUUUAAAUAAUUGCAAGCCACACUCCCUCAUUACCAUGGGUUAGGGGGGUAGAGGUGAGAUUGUAGCAGGUUACUGUCAGAAUACAACAACACAAUUUUCAGAUAUAUCAAGGGUGUGAAUGUAUUGGGUGUUGUUUUUGAAUGUGGUACAAACAAUUUGCAGAUAAACAAAAGGAGAAAGUAGAAGCGUGAAAGGUACUGAAAUGCUAAAUUCAAAAAGGAGACUAGUUUUGAAAUUGCAGGGGUGCUGGCAGAUAUAUUUAAAAUGUUGGUAUCUACGAGUGAGGUGCCAGAGGAUUGGAGGAUAGCUCAGGUUGUUCCGUUGUUUAAAAAAGGCUCUAAAAGUAAAAUGGGAAAUUAUAGGCCAGUAAGUUUGAAGUCGGUAGUAGGUAUAUUAUUGGAAGGAGUACUAAGAGAUAGGAUCUACAAGUAUUUAGAUAGACAGGGACUUAUUAGGGAGAGUCAACAUGGCUUUGUGAAUGGUAGGUCAUGUUUAACAAAUCUAUUAGAGUUUUUCGAGGAGGUUACAAGGAAAGUGGAUGAAGAGAAGACAGUGGAUGUUGUCUACAUGGACUUCAGUAAGGCCUUUGACAAGAUCCCGCACGGGAGGUUAGUUAGGAAGAUUCAGUCACUAGGUGUACAUGGAGAGGUAGUAAAUUGGAUUAGACUUUGGCUCAAUGGGAGAAGUCAGAGAGUGGUAGUGGAGGAUUGCUUCUCUGAGUGGAGGCCUGUGACCAGUGGUGUACCACAGGGAUCAGUGCUGGGUCCAUUGUUAUUUGUCAUCUAUAUCAAUGAUCUGGAUGGUAAUGUGGUAAAUUGGAUCAGCAAAUUUGCUGAUGAUACAAAGAUUGGAGGUGUAGUGGACAGUGAGGAAGGUUUUCAAAGCUUGCAGAGGGAUCUGGACCAGCUGGAAAACUGGGCUGAAAAAUGGCCAUAAUGGAGUUUAAUAUAGACAAGUGUGAGGUAUUGCACUUUGGAAGGACAAACCAAGGUAGAACAUACAAGGUAAAUGGUAGGGCACUGAGGAAUGCAGUAGAACAGAAGGAUCUAGGAAUACAGAUACAAAAUUCCCUAAAAGUGGUGUCACAGGUAGAUAUGGUAGUAAAGAGAGCUUUUGGUACAUUGGCCUUUAUAAAUAAGUAUUGAGUAUAAGAGUUGGAAUGUUAUGGUGGAGUUGUAUAAGGCAUUGGUGAGGCCGAAUUUGGAGUUUUGGUCACCGAAUUACAGGAAGAAUAUUAAUAAGGUUGAAAGAGUGCAGAAAAGGUUUACAAGAAUGUUGCCGAGACUUGAGAAACUGAGUUACAGAGGAAGGUCGAAUAGGUUAGGACUUUAUUCCCUGGAGCAUAGAAGAAUGAGGGGAGACUUGAUAGAGGUAUAUAAAAUUAUGAUGGGUACAGAUAAGAGUUAAUGCAAGCAGGCUUUUUCCACUGAGGCUAGGGGAGAAAAAAACCAGAGGACAUGGGUUAAGGGUGAAGGAGAAAAAGUUUAAAGGGAACAUUAGGGGGGUGGUCUUCUUUACACAGAGAGUGGUGGGAGUGUGGAAUGAGCUGCCAGAUGAAGUGGUAAAUGCGGGCUCACUUUUAACAUUUGAGAAAAACUUGGACAGGGUACAUGGAUGAGAGGUGUAUGGAGGGAUAUGACCAGGUGCAGGUCAGUGGGACUAGGCAGAAAAAUGGUUCGGCACAGCCAAGAAGGGCCAAAAGGCCUGUUUCUGUGCUGUAAUGUUCUAUGGUUCUAAAUUCAAUUGGGUGAGGAGUGAGUUCUGUCAAGUGUGGGCAAUUGAGAAAAUACACGGUAUACAUGGAGGGGGGUCAGUAAAAGGUUGAAGAGGGCAGAUUUCAAUACAAGAUGCAUAAUCUAGUAUCAGGACAAAAUGCGGAUUCUGAUGUUCUUUAUCUCUUAAUGCCGAGAUUGCUACUGCUGCAUUGUGUAGGGUAUCAAUUUGCUUGCUUAUCCUUCAUUACAUCUUUCAUGUAUCUUAAAGGCUAUUGUUUAAAUGAAAGUCUUGCAUUUCCAAAAUGCUCAGGACAUCCCAAGAUGCCUUCCAGCCUAUGAAAGAUGGUUAGAUCUGAUUGCUGUGGUAACUUGAUGAAUGUGGUAAUCUGUUCACCUUGAGUAUGUUUUCCACACGGGAAUAAUCAGAGCAUUACCAAGUUUGGUUUAGUGUAAAUAUUGCAAUUGGAUUGGUUCAUUACUGUCACGUGUACAGUGAAAAGCUUGACUUACAUACAGAUCAGAUUACAUAGUGCAUUGAGGUAACUCAGUAACACUGCAGAAUAGAGUGUAAAAGUGACAGAGAAAGUGCAGAGCAGGUAAACAGUAAGGUGCAUGAAAGGUGUUUCAGAAAGGCAGCAUCCAUUAUUAAGGACCUCCAACACCCAGGGCAUGCCCUUUUCUCACUGUUACCAUCAGGUAGGAGGUACAGAAGCCUGAAGGCACACACUCAGCGACUCAGAAACAGCUUCUUCCCCUCUGCCAUCCAUUUCCUAAAUGGACAGUGAAUCUGUGGACUCUACCUCAAUUUUUUCAAUAUAUAUUAUUUCUGUUUUUGCACGAUUUAAAAAAUUCUAUUCAUUAUAUGUAUACUGUAAUUGAUUUACUUAUUUAUUAUUAUUUUUUUCUUCUUCUAUAUUAUGUAUUGCAUUGAACUGCUGCUGCUAAGUUAACAAAUUUCACAACACAUGCCGGUGAUAAUAAACCUAAUUCUGAUUCUGAAUAUAAAUUGGUAGAUUGUGAGGUGAAGAGUUCAACAUAUCUUACUAGAGAACUAAUUACUAGUCUUAUAACAGUAGGUUAUAAAACAGUAGGAACCUGCUAGUAUGGCCUUUUCUAUCUUCUGCCCAAAGGAAGAGGGGAGGAGAGAGAGUGUCUGGGUAAGGGGUCUUGCAUGCCUGUUUUACUGAGACAGCAAGGGUUAUAGACAAGUCCAUGGAGGGGAGGGUUGAUUCUGUGAUGUGCAGUUUCUUUUGGUCAGGGGCAGUAUCAAGCCCAGAUGCUUCUGCAUAUGGAGCAUCAAUAAAAAUUAACAGUAGACAGGGACAGGCCAAAUUUCUUUAGGUUCCUGAGGACAUAGGGGCAUUGGUGAGCCAUGAUAUCCAUGUCAAUUUUGGGAUUUAGGGGGAAAAUUACCUUGCCUUAGACCAGCUGAACUACCAAGGGCAAGAAAUCUAUGUCUCAAUACCCCACAUGCUGCCCCAGUUCAGAAGGUGCUAUAGAAAUACACAAUGUUGCACCAGUGAUCAUUAGCUGGUCAAAGAUGUUCACAUUCCU